AUGCCUCCAUCUGGCCUCGCAAUCCUCAUAGGAGCCGGCCCAGCAACUGGCGCCGGAAUCGCUCGUAUCCUUGGCCAUCCUCAGCAUGGCAACCUCGCCGUAGCCCUCCUCGCCCGCCGGCCAGAGGCCUUGGACGAGCUCGUUGGCAAUCUCAGGUCACAGGUGCCUAACGGCGUCUUCGAAGCGUUCCCAACCGACACAAGCCCCGAGAGGCUUCGGAAGGCUUUCGCGGAAAUAAAAUCACAUCAGUCGUUCUCUGGGUUGAAAUUGACGACAUCCAUCUUUUCCGUGAAGAAUAGCGCGAAGAAGCCCUUUAUGCAGGAGAACUUUGAGGCCUUCAUGGAUCCGCUUGAAUCAUAUGUGGGCGGUGCGAUGGUGUUCUCCCAAGAGUCGAUCAAGCGGUUCUUUGAGGAUCAUGGGGAGAAGACUCUGGCGGAAGGGUCGGAGAAGAAGGGCACGUUGAUCUUUACUGGGACUCUUGGAGCGCUGAGGUGCAACUCAGAGUUCGCUUCAUACGGAGCCUCUCGAGCAAGCGUACGACAGCUUGCCCAGGCGUUGGCGCGUGAGAUGAGCCCGAAGGGCAUUCAUGUGGCUCACACGAUUGCCAAUGGCCGUAUCACAGAUGCCGACAACGAGGACACGAGGACUGGAAAGCAUAUGACUGCCGAUGCCGUGGGCAAGACAUACCUGUGGCUCUCGCAGCAAGAGCCGUGUCUUUGGACGCACGAGUUGGACCUGAGACCGGCACAGGAGAAGUUUUAA